UUCCUCUCUAAGUAGCACGCGGGCUGCAGCCGCCGCUCUGCCUGUGAUUGUUGUGGUGGCUCCGAGAGUGCAUCGGAGAAAGUUGCCCUCUUCAUCACGUCGCUUUGUUUGCUUGUUUGCAACAUUAAGUAACAAUGGCGGACUCCCAAGAUGACAAGCUCUACAAGGCGGAAUACGCGAAAAGCGGCCGGGCUUCGUGCAAGAAAUGCAAAGAGAGCAUAGCUAAGGACUCGCUGAGGAUGGCCCUCAUGGUGCAGUCCCCGAUGUUCGAUGGGAAAGUCCCACACUGGCACCACUUCUCCUGCUUCUGGCAGCGAGCGGCAGCUCAGACUGAAGCAGACAUCGCCGGGUUCUCCACUCUUCGCUGGGAGGACCAGCAAAAAGUCAAAAAGGCUAUUGAGACUGGAGGAGCUGUCGGAGCAGGGAAAAGUGAUUCAAAAGGUGCCGCUCAAGGGGCCAAAACUCUGAAUAACUUUGCCGUGGAGUACGCCAAGUCGAACCGCAGCACGUGCAAAGGCUGCGAGCAAAAAAUAGAAAAGGAUCAGAUUCGUGUUUCCAAGAAAACGGUUGACCCAGAGAAACCUCAGCUGGGUCUGAUCGACCGCUGGUACCACACGGCGUGCUUCGUGAGCCGCAGGGAGGAACUGGUGUUUAAGCCCGAUUAUUCCGCCGCCCAGCUGAAGGGAUUCGACGCGCUGCGCGCCGAAGACAAGAACGAUCUUAAGAAGAGGCUCCCUGCUGUCAAAUCUGAGGGGAAACGCAAAGGUGAUGAUGUUGAUGGAGCAUCAAAAAAACUAAAGAAAGAGGAAGAGGAGGAGAAGAAUAAACUGGAGGAGCAACUGAAAAACCAAAGCCAGCUGAUUUGGGGGAUCAAAGACAAGCUGAAGAAACAUUGUUCGAUCAACGACAUGAAGGAGCUGCUGAUCGCAAACGCUCAGGACGUCCCCUCUGGAGAGUCCAACGUGGUCGACUGCCUGGCUGACGGCAUGGCCUUUGGUGCUCUGGAGGUCUGCAAGGAGUGUUGCAGUCAGCUGGUGUUUAAAGAAGACGCUUACUACUGCACAGGGGACAUUUCAGCCUGGACCAAGUGUGUGUUUAAAACCAGAAGACCGGCACGCAGAGACUGGGUCACUCCCAAGGAAUUCCAUGAAGUCCCUUUCCUAAAGAAAUUCAAGUUCAAGCGACAGGACAGGGCCUACCCCAGAGAGGCGCCGGCCCAAACCCUGACAGCUGCUAAAACCGAGCCUCUGCCAAGUGCGUCCGGCGGACCGACGAAGCAAGGACCAGAAUCGGCUCCUUCAGACAAACCUCUCACCGGUCUGAAGCUGCUGGCUGUUGGAAAGCUGACGAAGAACAAAGAUGACAUAAAAGCUGUUGUGGAGGAGCUGGGAGGGAAGAUCACCAGCACCGCCGCCAAAGCCUUCCUCUGCCUCAGCUCUAAGAAGGAGGUGGAGAAGAUGGGUAAGAAGAUGGAGGAAGUGAGGGAUGCCGGCGUGCGUGUGGUGUCUGAAGACUUCCUCGCGGACAUCAAGUCAUCAGGAAAAGCUCUUCAGGAGCUGGUCUCUCUGCACGCCAUCUCACCCUGGGGAGCAGAGGUCAAAGUUGAAGCCCAAGCUUCAUCUACUGCCUCCAAGUCUGCAGCACCGGCUGCCAAAAGCUCCGGGAGGGUCAAGGAGGAGGAAGGUGGAAGCAAAUCCAAGAAGAUGAAGCUCACCGUAAAAGGUGGAGCUGCUGUGGAUCCUGACUCGGGUCUGGAGAACAGCGCCCAUGUCCUGGAGCAGAGUGGGAAAAUGUACAGCGCCACACUGGGUCUGGUAGACAUCGUCAGAGGGACAAACUCGUACUACAAACUGCAACUGCUGGAGGAUGAUGUACAUAAACGCUACUGGGUGUUCAGAUCCUGGGGCAGAGUGGGAACCACCAUCGGAGGAAACAAGCUGGACAAAUUCCAGGAUAAAAUCUCAGCGAUGGAUAAUUUCCUCGGCCUUUACAAGGAAAAAACAGGAAAUAACUGGAGUGCCUCCAACUUCACUAAAUAUCCUAAUAAGUUCUACCCGCUGGAGAUCGACUAUGGACAGGACGAGGAGGCGGUGAAGCAGCUGACAGCCACUGCUGGCACCAAGUCCAAACUGGCCAAACCCGUUCAGGAACUGAUCAAGAUGAUCUUUGAUGUUGAAAGCAUGAAAAAAGCCAUGGUGGAGUUUGAAAUCGACCUCCAGAAGAUGCCUCUGGGUAAGCUGAGUAAAAGACAAAUCCAGAGUGCCUACGCUCUCCUGACGGACGUGCAGCAGGCCGUGUCGGACUGCGUCCCAGAGGCACAGAUCCUGGAUCUGUCCAAUCGCUUCUACACGCUAAUACCUCACGACUUCGGCAUGAAGAAGCCCCCCCUCCUUAACAACCUGGAUUACGUUCAGGCUAAAGUGGAGAUGCUGGACAACCUGUUGGACAUCGAGGUGGCCUACAGCCUGUUGAGAGGAGGAGCUCAGGACAACGAGCGCGACCCCAUCGACAUCAACUAUGAGAAACUCAAAACCAAAAUGGAGGUUGUUGACAAAACCACACAGGAAGCAGAGAUCAUUAUGCAGUACGUUAAGAACACGCAUGCCGCUACGCACAACACGUACACGCUGGAAGUGCAAGAAAUCUUUAAAAUAGUUCGUGAAGGAGAGCACCAACGCUACCGUCCAUUCGAGGAGCUACACAACCGACAGCUAUUGUGGCACGGCUCUCGCACCACGAAUUACGCAGGAAUCCUGUCUCAGGGUCUUCGUAUUGCCCCUCCAGAAGCUCCUGUGACUGGCUACAUGUUUGGCAAAGGUGUUUACUUUGCUGAUAUGGUGUCCAAGAGUGCCAACUACUGUCACACCUCGCAGUCGGACCCUGUAGGCCUCAUACUGCUGGCAGAGGUUGCCCUGGGAAACAUGCAUGAGCUGAAGAAGGCCUCUCAUAUUACAAAGUUACCAAAGGGCAAACAAAGUGUUAAAGGUUUGGGUCGAACUGCUCCUGAUCCAAAUGCUACUGUCAAUUUGAAUGGCGUGCAUGUGCCUCUGGGAAAAGGCGUCCACACUAACAUCGAUGACACAAGUCUACUGUACAACGAGUACAUUGUUUAUGAUGUGGCACAGGUAAACAUGAAGUAUCUCUUGAAGAUCAAGUUUAAUUACCAGACAUCCCUGUGGUAGAAAAAAGGCAACGUUUGAAGAAAAACACCACUUCUGCAUCCAAAUGCCUGGAAUAUUAUACCACUUUACAGCUAUUUCAUGGUUCUGUAGCAGGCAGCCUUCAUUAGGAUCACGUUAACUUUGUAAAACUGAAAUCACAACAGGACGGUUGUAGAAAAUACAGGAAGCCUCAGACGAUGAUGGUUAACGAUUUCAUUCUUUUAAUUUGAUCAGUUCAUGAAAAUCUGUUGAUAAGCUUACGUCUAAAGUGUUACAGAGUGUCUGCAAGGGGUUUUGAGUUGAGACCAGAAUUAUUUCAAUGGCUGUUUUCUGAAGUAGCCUUGAUGAUACUGUAUAAGGUCUGACAUGUACAUAUUUGUUUAGUUGUUUCUGUCUCAAGCCGUCUUCCACAACUUUUUGUAUGAAAAUUGUGUUAAUUUUUGUUCCAUAAAUCACAAUAAAGCACGGGACAUGUAAAGAC